GCUCCCAUACCGUUCCUUUUGGAUUGUCCGCAAUUUAAAAAACCUCAUUCAGAAUUUUUUUUUUUCGAAUAAAUUGUUUAAACAUCCGGACCAUUGAUCGUCACCCUUAAAAUUGAGCACUGCAGUCAGAAAGUGGUGAAACAGAGAGCGGUAGGCGUAUCACUGCUGAUUUUCCCUUCUCUUUAUCUAACUUUCACGGGUUUUCUCAAACACUGCAACUGGUAGGGAAUUACUGAAGAAUCCCAAUCCCUCAAGAAUUCCAUUCCCCCUCGCACACUCUCAUCGACAAACCCGUGCGGAUUCUCUUGGAUAUUCCCCCGAUUUUUCAUACCAAACCAAAGAAACCAAUACAGGACUCACAUACCUAUAUAUAUUGCCUGUAUAUGUGUGAAGGAUAGGGGAUUUGGAGGGGCGGAAGUGGGUCUGGAGCGCGCAGGAUAACAUGGGUUCUCUGGGUUUUUCUUCUCCGGUUUCUUACGCAAUUGCUGUGCUGGGUUUGUUGCUGAAUGCUGUGGCUUUCUGCAAUGGAGGAACCACCAGUGCCUUCGUUAGGAAAGUCGAGAAAACCCUCGAUAUGCCCCUUGACAGUGAUGUCUUCCGCGCGCCUCCGGGCUAUAAUGCGCCUCAACAGGUCCACAUAACACAAGGAGAUCAUGAGGGGAAGGGGGUGAUAGUGUCAUGGGUCACAAUGGAUGAACCUGGUUCGAGUACAGUCCUAUAUUGGAGUGAGAAUAGCAAGCAGAAGGACAAGGCCAAGGGCCGUUUUGUUACCUACAAGUUCUACGACUAUACUUCUGGUUACAUUCAUCACUGCAACAUUAAAAAGUUGAAGUUCGAUACGAAAUACUACUAUCAAGUAGGGAUUGGCCAGACUACUAGGACUUUUUGGUUUACAACUCCUCCUGAGGUUGGACCGGAUGUCCCGUAUACAUUUGGUCUCAUAGGUGAUCUGGGUCAGAGUUAUGAUUCAAACUUGACUGUUACUCAUUACGAAUUAAAUCCAGCAAAAGGAAAAGCAGUGUUGUUUGUAGGGGAUCUCUCUUAUGCAGACAACUAUCCAAACCAUGAUAAUGUCAGGUGGGAUACAUGGGGAAGGUUCACUGAGAGAAGUGUUGCCUAUCAACCUUGGAUAUGGACGGCCGGAAAUCACGAGAUCGAUUUUGACCCUGAAAUUGGGGAAACAAAACCGUUUAAGCCUUACACUCAUCGGUAUCCCGUCCCAUAUAGAGCAUCAAAUAGUACUGCUCCCUUUUGGUACUCAAUCAAGAGAGCUUCAGCAUACAUCAUCGUCUUAGCUUCAUAUUCAGCAUAUGGCAAAUACACUCCUCAAUACAAAUGGCUCGAGGCGGAGUUCCCAAAAGUUAACAGGAGUGAGACACCGUGGCUGAUCGUUAUUAUGCAUUCUCCAUGGUAUAACAGCUACAACUACCACUACAUGGAAGGGGAAUCCAUGAGAGUGAUGUAUGAGCCAUGGUUUGUGAAGUACAAAGUUGAUGUUGUGUUUGCUGGUCAUGUUCACGCCUACGAACGAUCGGAACGUGUAUCCAACGUUGCUUACAACAUUGUAAACGGCAUCUGCACGCCUGUAAAAGACCAAUCUGCCCCGGUGUACAUAACCAUUGGUGAUGGUGGCAAUCUUGAAGGCCUGGCGACCAACAUGACGGAGCCACAGCCAGAGUACUCAGCUUUCCGUGAGGCCAGUUUUGGUCAUGCCAUUUUCGAUAUUAAGAACCGAACUCACUCUUAUUAUGGCUGGCAUCGUAAUCAAGAUGGUUACGCAGUUGAAGCUGAUUCCUUGUGGUUUUUCAACCGAUUUUGGCAUCCAGUUGAUGAUUCUACAAGCACCAAAUGAUGAUUAUAGUUUGUCCAAUAAUGUAAUAGCAAAGAAAGCAAGAAAUGAAUAUUUUUUCUUCAUACUCAAAUAAAGAAGAAGUGAU